GCCAUGAACACCUGCAAGUACAAUGGCGGGGUGGUGAGACCACUAGUUGGCAGCCUGGCGUCCUCGUCGCGCCGCAACCUCGCGGAGCUCGACUCGGAGACGCAGCCCUUGCAGACGCUGCACAGCUCUGGCCUGGAGGUGGUGGUGUCCAAGGGCAACGGCGGCGAAGACCCCAGCAAGGCGUCCAACGAGAGCUUGGUCAGGGAGGGCAGCGUGCGGGUCGGUGGCAGGGCGCCGCAAAAGAAGAAUCGGGACAUUGGCUACAGGCUUGGCCACAGGAGGGCGCUGUUCGAGAAGCGAAAGCGGCUCAGCGACUACGCGCUCAUCUUCGGGAUGUUUGGGAUUGUUGUCAUGGUGACGGAAACGGAACUGUCAUGGGGGGUUUACACUAAGGAAUCUUCAUACUCAUUUGCACUGAAAUGCCUUAUCAGCCUUUCCACUGUUAUAUUGCUUGGUCUUAUAAUAAUGUACCAUGCCCGGGAAAUCCAGCUGUUUAUGGUCGACAAUGGUGCGGACGAUUGGAGGAUAGCCAUGACGUAUGAGCGGAUCUUCUUCAUUGUGCUAGAGCUGCUGGUGUGUGCCAUCCAUCCCAUACCAGGCCAGUACGUGUUCACCUGGACGGCGCGGCUGGCCUUCACCUACACGCCGUCAGUGGCCGACGCUGACGUGGACAUCAUCCUCUCCAUCCCCAUGUUCCUGAGACUCUACCUGAUCGGCAGGGUCAUGUUGCUCCACAGCAAGCUGUUCACGGACGCUUCGUCACGCAGCAUCGGCGCCCUCAACAAGAUCAACUUCAAUACACGCUUUGUCAUGAAGACCCUCAUGACCAUCUGUCCAGGAACUGUCCUGCUGGUUUUCAGUAUAUCCUCCUGGAUCAUUGCUGCAUGGACUGUGCGCGUCUGCGAGAGGUAUCAUGACAAACAGGAAGUGACGAGUAACUUCCUGGGAGCCAUGUGGCUCAUCUCGAUUACCUUCCUCUCCAUUGGCUACGGGGACAUGGUACCGCACACGUACUGUGGGAAAGGCGUGUGUCUGCUUACAGGGAUCAUGGGAGCCGGUUGCACUGCGCUGGUGGUUGCAGUUGUAGCCAGGAAGCUGGAGCUGACCAAGGCCGAGAAGCACGUCCACAACUUCAUGAUGGACACACAACUCUGCAAACGAGUAAAGAACACAGCUGCCAAUGUACUCAGGGAAACAUGGCUCAUCUACAAACACACCAAGUUGGUCAAAAAGAUAGAUCACGCCAAGGUGCGGAAACACCAGCGCAAGUUUCUCCAAGCCAUUCACCAACUACGCAGUGUUAAGAUGGAGCAGAGGAAACUCAAUGACCAGGCCAACACCUUGGUGGACCUGGCAAAGACCCAGAAUGUGAUGUACGACCUGGUGUCAGAGCUGCAGGAGCGCAGUGAGGAGCUGGACAAGCGCAUCGGCACAUUGGAGGAGAAGCUGGACUCGGUGACGGGCAGCCUGCAGGCGCUGCCGUGCCUCAUCUCCCAAGCCAUAACCCAGCAGCAGCAGGAAUUCCUGGACGGCUUUGUUCACCGCUUUCGGCCGGCCUCGCUAGCCUCUGAGCGCUCCGAGCGCUCGGAACGAUCCUGGACUUCCACCGCCCGCAGGAGGCGCUCGCCCUCCACAGCACCACACACCUCCUCAGAUAGUGGAUAA